GUGUUUUGUAAAAUGAUUUUGUUUUAAAAAGGUUUGCGCUGUAAUGGCGACCUGUUUGUUUCCUUGGCAGUGCGGCCGCCCGCUCUCUAGGGACGUCAGCGUAACCUAGGCAACGGUGGAGCUAAACAACACUUUCCUCACACUCCACGGCAACUUCUUCAGUGGCAACAUGACUUUACCACUCUUGCCCGGGAAUUCCUUCAACAGGAACCUGGGAAAAGAAAGGUUUCAUAAAUCGCAUCAUUUUGACUUCCCAAAUGAUGUCCCUGUGAUGGUGGGAGAGGAAAAGCCUGGAAUUGGUGGGGAGCCACUGCUCGGGCAGAAGUUGAAGCCCAAGUUCAGCGUAUUCCCAAAGGGACAAGGCAGUGAUGCUCCAUCUUGGGUUGUAUUUGAUAAGCAGGUACUUUGCUUUAAAGCCUAUUUUCAAGAAAGUGUACAGGAAAGAAGAGAAGAACAAUAUCGAAUAAGAAAAUGCAAGAUUUAUUUUUACCUGGAAGAUGACACAAUACAAGUUAUUGAACCAGAAGUAAAAAAUAGUGGUAUCGAUCAAGGAACGAUAAUCAAUCGUCAUCGUAUUCCUCUUCCGCCUCCACAUGAUGAUCAGUUUUACACAGUGGAUCAUUUCAAUAUCUGUCAAGAGAUUGUGUUCUAUUCAAAGACAUUCAUGAUUGUGGACUGUGAUCAAUUUACGAGAAACUUUCUCUGGAAAAUGGGUGUCAAACUGAACCCACCUGGCUGCAUUCCUGAAGAUCCAUAUAUUUCAAAGCGUGAAAAAAUGGAGAAAAAUAUGCAUCCUCUCCGCCCAUAUGAGAAAGUUGAUACACUUAAGCAGUUCCUGGACCAUGACACACAUGUGUUGCGAUUUUACUGCUAUUGGGAUGACAGAGACAAUCAAUUUGGAGACUUCAGGGAACUCGUUCUGCAUUAUUUCCUGUCAGAUGACACAAUUGAAAUUAAAGAGGUUCUGCCCCCCAAUUCUGGCAGAGAUGCUGUUGGCGUGUUUCUCCACCGAAGCCAGCUACCAAAGAAUAUUCCGGAUCGAUUAUAUCAUCCUGGUGAAAUUACAGACCAAACGCUACUGAAUACUUUUGGACCAGUGGGACGUGGAAGCCGCUUCAUUCUGGAUAGACUCAAGACUGGACAUGUGUAUCAAGAGUUCUACAAAGACUGCGACAUAAUGAUUGGGUCAGUGAUAAAUGCUUGGGGACGAAAAGUAGUACUCUGUGACUGUGACGAAUUCACCAAAGAAUAUUACCGGAAUAAGUAUGGUGUUGAGGAUUUCACACCGGUUAUAUUCAAGUCUGAACCAAUCACAAAGAUUGAAAGGCAAGUUCCACCAUACAAUGGUUUUGGAUCGGAGGAGGAUUCCUACAAUUCUACUUUAAGCCUGGAGCCCAAACCUCCACAACGUAAUAUGAUAAAAUUUAUGGAAAAGGACAGACAAGGAUUGGAAAGCAAUGUGCUCCGGUUUAUGGCCAGAUUAAUUACAAAUGACGAAAUUAACAAUGAUAGGAAAUUUAUCAUUUCCUAUUUUUUGAGCGAUGACACCAUUAGUAUUUUUGAACCUCCAAAGGAUAACUCAGGUAUUAUGAGCGGUAAAUUUUUGGAAAGAGGACGAGUAAAAAUACCUGGCCAGGAACUGUUUAAGAGUGAGCUAUCUGAAUAUUUUACUCAGCAGGAUCUGUUUGUUGGAGCUAAACUCUGUUUCUAUGGGAAUUACUUUUGCCUGGUAGAUGCUGAUGAGUAUACUUUCUGUUACAUGGAAAAGAAUGCAGAUGAAUGCCAGAAAGCCAAUAUUUGCACAGUUUUGACCAAGCUUAAAUCAACUGGUAAUACACAUUCCCUUGAAAUUAAAAGGAUGCUUGCAUCUCAUGAUCUUCAUAGAACUGGAAUAAUCAAUUACGAUGAGUUCAGGAAUAUUGUACUUCAGAUUGGAGAAGGACACAUCAGUGAGCAUGAAGUAAUUACAGUAGGCCGGUACUAUAGCAUCCGUCAACAGCAAGAUACAGACGUCUGUCUCAUAUUACAUUUAGUUCAAGAGGAGCUAAGAAAAAAUGGCUUUGAAGAUUUUAAAAAGCUAUCUGAGGCUUUCGUCUAUGAAGAUCGACAAAGAACUGGAUUCUUGCCUAUUCUGGAAACUAGAAAUAUUUUGAAAGGUUUCCAGCUGCCUACACCAACUGAUAUUCUUGAAGAAAUGAUUUCAAAGUUUCUGAAUGUUGAUGGACAAGUGGCAUACAGGAAUCUUGUCUUGGGCCUGAACUGGAGAGAAAACCCUGUACCACCUGCUGAAGCGAAGAUCCCCAUUAAGCUUUACACCAGGAGUUCAGAGUUUCCAAUUAUACAAGUGAAGAGUAUCAACUACAUAGCUUUCAUAGAGGAUUUGUUCGGCAAACAGGAAUAAAAUUAUUCAAAGUGGGUCAUCUUUAUCUUAUUCACAGAAAUGUUUUUGUUUAAAUAUUUUUUUAGACAUUGGUACAUAUGAAAAGUCAAAUGUCUUUCUAGUUGUUAACAUAAUUGCAGUUAGACAUCAACUAAAUCAAUAACAAAACAAGAUUUUCACUUGUGUGUACCUCAUCCAUAGAAGUAAUUUGUGUCUAAUGCAUUAAUUAACUGACAAUAAAUGAGAAUAUUAAAAAAAUUCACACA